AUUUUCGAGGAACCAAUCAUGAACAAGCCGAUGGAAAUCUUUACGAAAAUUUUGACAUUAGACAACCAGUAAACGCUUCGGUUCAGUUAUUAGUUGUAAAGUGUCUCGGUUGGUUGUUUAAGGCGGGUUUCGGUACAUUUUUAUUCCAAUACUAACUUUUUAUCCAAAUAUACACUUUCUAAAUUAAAACAUAUAAUGUCAAAAGAAUUAUUUACACAUUUUCGAUAAUACAAACAUAAGAAUAGUGUUAGAAUAUUAGAAAUUCAAUAAAAUAUAAGUGUUUAGUGCAAGAAGAAUAGCUAAUGCCAAAAUGAUAUUUGAAAAAAUUUCGUGCUCGAUUGGAUUGUUACUGAUAUUAUGUAUGAUCAAUAAGGUACCUGCCGCCACAAGUAAUAAUUCCGGACGUCGAAAAGAAGUUGAAGGGCACUGUAUUUGGUACGGACAAUGUUACGAAGAUCCCGACGACGGCAUGAUGAAAAAUUGCUUCUAUAAUGGCACGGCAAAAGCUUUACAAGACGAAUCAGCUAUUGCUAUAUUGAAAAAACGAUGUCCGGAUUUGUCACCAGAUGCAGUCUGUUGCGCGGUCGAUCAGCUUAAAAGUUUUGAAGCUAACAUGGCACUACCUCAAACUCUACUCAGCAGGUGUCCGUCGUGUAUGAACAAUUUCCUAAAGACGGUUUGUCAUAUGACCUGUUCUCCACAGCAAUCCAAAUUUUUAGGCGUCAAACAAACAGAAAAAGAUCCGAAAACAAACAAAACCUACAUCACAGAAAUAGAUUAUUACAUGGAGAAUUCGUUUAUGGAAAGCACUUUCAAUUCUUGUAAGCAAGUUAGCGUACCAUCAACCGGAGGAAAGGUUUUGGAUUUGAUGUGUGGAGAUUGGGGUUCGGCUAAAUGCUCUCCUCUAAGGUGGUUCACUUAUUUGGGGGACAAAGAUACACCCAUGGUACCUUUCCAGAUCAAUUACAUAAAUUCGACUGGUAGAAUCAACGGUUUCGAUCCAUUAAAUCUUACCUCUGUUCCUUGUAAUAAAUCAGUGGAUGGUAUUUCUCCGGCUUGCAGCUGUGUCGAUUGCGAAGAGAGUUGUCCUGCUCCACCUUAUGUACCAUCCCCAGUACAACCCUUCAAGAUAUUCGGUCUAGAUGGUUACGCCGUUGUUAUGACAAUUAUUUUCGUCGUGGGAUCCGCAAUAUUUUUGAUAAGCGUUUUAUUGUUUUCGGGGAGAAAUAAUAUAGGACGGAAUACGUACACCUAUGAACGGGAGCUUUUUGAAACGUCUGCAGAAAUGAACGUAGCCGAAAGACAAGUGGGUUUGGUAAGAGGACAAUUAUCUGAAGAUAUGAGGGCGGAAGUAGCACGUAGGUUGGCGGUGCCUGAACAUCAUUCCUCCCAAGUUGCAUUAGGAGACGCGGAGGAUAGUCCAUUACAAUCAUCAAAACGAUCCAGUAUGACAUCUGAACAAGCCCACGAAAUGGAAACUCAUUCCAUAAACAAAUCACCAGAAGAUUAUGAAAAAGUUUCAUCGUUCAUCGAAAAAUUAGGCGCCAACACCGAUACUUUCCUACAAUUUAUUUUUGAAAAAUGGGGCACUUUUUGUGCGGAAAGACCGUGGUUGGUCCUUUUCCUUGGGGCUUGCUUAGUUAUCGGACUAGGUCACGGAAUAAAAUAUCUAAAAAUCACCACAGAUCCCGUACAAGUUUGGGCUUCCCCCACGUCUCGCAGUCGUAUCGAAAGGGAAUUCUUCGAUAGUCAUUUCGAACCGUUCUAUCGAACGGAACAAGUCAUAAUCAGAGCUGUGAAUUUAACGAACGUCUAUCACAACACCUCCGAUGGGAUAUUAGUGUUUGGUCCGGCUUUCAACGACUUCUUCCUAAAAUCCGUUCUAGAUUUGCAAGAACAAAUACAGUCCCUUGGACUCGGAACAUCUCACAGUUUUGAUAAAAUAUGCUUCGCGCCUUUGAGGAAAGAAAACCAGAAAAGUACAGACGUUUCUGAAUGUGUCGUACAAAGUAUUUGGGGAUAUUACCAAAAUAGUCUCGAAAUUUUCGAAGAGGAAGGCACGGAUCCGCUAGGAUUCAAGACAAAUUAUUUAGAUAGAUUUGUUAAGUGCGUGGGAAACCCAUACGAUCCUCUUGAUUGUCUAGCUCCGUACGGAGGACCGGUAGAUCCUGCUAUAGCGAUGGGCGGUUUCCUUAAAAAAGGAGAAAAUUUAGCCAAACAUCCCGAUUACAAGAACGCGACAACAGUUAUAUUAACAUUCAUAGUUAAUAAUUACCAUAAUAAAAGUUUAUUGACCCCAGCAAUGGAAUGGGAAAAAGAAUUCGUCGAUUUCAUGAAAAACUGGACAAGUACUCAAAAACCUUUCUAUAUGGAUAUAGCUUUUACAUCAGAACGAUCAAUUGAAGAUGAAUUGGACAGGGAGAGCCGAUCCGAUGUAGUCACCAUACUAAUUUCUUACAUGAUCAUGUUCGCUUACAUUGCCAUAUCUCUUGGUCAAGUCAACAAAUGUUCCAGACUAUUAAUCGAUAGUAAAAUUACACUCGGUCUUGGUGGAGUAUUGAUAGUCCUUGCAUCGGUUAUAUCAUCAGUUGGUCUUUUCGCUUUCAUCGGAACUCCUGCUACUCUCAUCAUUAUCGAAGUUAUCCCCUUUUUGGUACUGGCUGUCGGAGUCGACAAUAUUUUCAUCUUGGUUCAAACGCAUCAAAGAGAUAUGAAAAAACCAAACGAGUCCCACGCGCAACAUAUCGGUAGGACGUUAGGACAAGUGGGGCCAUCUAUGUUACUCACCAGCGUAUCUGAAAGCUGUUGCUUUUUCUUAGGAAGUUUAUCCGAUAUGCCUGCGGUUAGAGCUUUCGCUUUAUACGCCGGAAUGGCGCUACUGUUCGAUUUCUUCCUACAAAUCACUUGUUUUGUCAGUUUGAUGGCUUUGGACAUUGCAAGACAGUCUUCAAACAGAUUUGAUGUAUUCUGCUUUAUACGUGGUUCUAAAAAGAACGAACCGACUGUUUCUAAUAGUCAGGAAGGUUUACUUUACUCAUUCUUCAAGUACGUUUAUGUACCUGCUCUAAUGACUAAGCCAGUUAGAUGUGCAGUAAUGAUCGUAUUCUUCGGAUGGUUGUGUUCUUCGGCAGCUGUAUCUCCACAUAUAGAAAUCGGUCUUGAUCAAGAACUAUCGAUGCCUGAAGACAGUUUCGUACUCAAAUACUUCAAAUCUCUCAAAGAUUAUUUGAGUAUAGGGCCGCCAGUGUACUUCGUAGCGAAAGGUGGAUUAAACUACAGCGAUGUAAAUGACCAAAAUUUAAUAUGUACCGGUAGGUACUGUAGAAGCGAUUCAUUAGUUGCCCAGUUGUAUGGAGCCAGUAAAGUCCCAGAGGUCACGUACAUAGCGAGACCUGCCUCGAGUUGGGUAGACGAUUUCUUCGAUUGGGCGGAAUCUCCUUCCUGUUGUAAAUACGAUUCAAAUCAUAGUUUUUGUCCGAACGACGAUUCAGAUUGCGAUUCGUGCAAUAUUCGAUUCGAUUCCAAACAACAUAGACCGAUACCUGACGAUUUCAGUCGGUACGUUUCGUUUUUCCUUCGAGACAAUCCUACCACCACCUGUCCUAAAGGUGGUCACGCUGCUUACGGACAAGGGGUAACUUAUCGAACUAAUAAAACCACGAAUAUGUCAACGGUUGGCGCUUCUUAUUUCAUGACGUAUCACACUAUUUUGAAGACGUCAGAAGAUUAUUACGAAAGUAUGAGGGCAGCCAGGGAAGUAGCUGCGAAUCUUACAAAGACAAUUGGCGUUGAAGUUUUUCCUUAUUCCGUUUUUUACGUAUUCUACGAACAGUAUUUAACGAUGUGGCCAGAUACUCUAUUUAGUUUAGGUGUAAGUGUAAUGGCUAUAUUCGUCGUUACUUUUCUUCUUAUGGGUUUGGACAUAUUUUCGAGUAUAGUAGUAAUAAUAACGAUAAUUAUGAUUAUUAUAAACUUGGGAGGUCUGAUGUAUUGGUGGCAUAUAACUUUAAACGCAGUAUCUCUAGUCAAUUUGGUUAUGGCCGUCGGUAUAUCGGUGGAAUUCUGUUCCCAUUUAGUCCACAGUUUUUCGAUGUCUGUAAAACCUACCAGAGUCGAAAGAGCUGCCGAUGCUUUAACGAAAAUGGGCAGUUCGAUAUUUUCUGGAAUAACUUUAACUAAAUUCGGAGGCAUAAUUGUACUUUUCUUCGCCAAAUCUCAAAUAUUCCAAGUUUUCUACUUCAGAAUGUACCUGGGUAUCGUAUUAUUCGGAGCUGCUCAUGGACUUAUAUUCCUUCCAGUUCUACUUAGCUUUAUAGGAUCUCCGAUGAAUAAAGAAAAAUUGGCCAAACAAAGGAGUUUAAAUGGUGCACGUUUCCAGGAAACACAUUUUGGCAGAGCGUGAUGCAAACAAGGAGAAGAAGUAUCAAACGCCAAACACAUUCGGAUGACACAGCAGAACCGACGAUGGUGUCACCUUUGUUGCCAUCCACAUCACGACACUCUUAUAAUGCUAUAACUCCCGCUCUUGUAUAGUCUCUAUCAAUGAGAACGUAAUACAGUAUUUUUCUGCGUGUGAUAAAAUAAGUUAACAACAAUUAAGUGAAGUGCGACUCUCCAAAUGUGUGUAUUUAUAAUACUUAACAUAUAUAUUUUUACUGUUAAUGGUGAUUCUAGUCACGGUUUUAGUUUUAACUAACAAAUCGGUUCAAGGGUAACGUUCUAAGUAAUUUUUAUAUUAUAGAUCAUAUUUGGGUGUGAUUAAAAUAGUAUAAGAGUCCACUUGAUAUUUUAAUUUACUCUGUAUCGAGCUAUUGACAUCCAUUUACCGGUGUUGCGAAAAAUAAAUCUCUGCCUACCUCAAAUAGAGUCAAUGUCGGUGAGAGACUCAGAACUUCCAGAAUUAAAGGCAGGUGACAUUAUCAAAAGCUCGAAUUAACUCCCUCCAAUUUAUAUUUAAUUGAAAUAAAUUUAGUGUAAUUAUUUUAAUCUGAUUAUAUCUGAUUCGGUAUCAGUAUUGGUAGUACAAUUUGAAAAGUUGUUUACCCAAAAAUAAUUAAAUAAAAAGAUUUUAUCUGUAUUUUAGUCCUAAAGGAUACUCUGCAUGCAUGCGAUUUGUAAAUUAUUGUAAUGAGAAAACUGUGAUUGGAAUCGCUAUCGAAUGUGAGAUAUUUUAACAAAAUAUAUUUAAUAGUGCUUGAGUGUACAAACUUAAUUUAUACACGGCUAAAUCGAGAUUAUUUUUAAACAAUUCGAUAAUAAAUAUUUAACGACUGAUAUUUAAUUGUGGCUACAAACGGUGGAAAUUAAAAAUCAUAUGCUCAACUCUUAUAAAUCUAUUACCAAAUUUAAGAUAUUUUUCAUUGAAAUUAUUUGGUUGAUGUGAUAGUGAUUUAGGAAGCGACACUGCUAUCUUCAAAGUGAAAGUAGUUGAAAUUUCUGGAUGAUAUUACACUGUCUGGUCCUUCGAGCCGGUGUAAGAAGAUCAAUAAUCCCAAUUAUCAUUAUUUUCCCUUAAUAGACCCUUUUUCAACUGGAAUCUUGAUCUUUUUCAUUUGUUGGUAUGAUUUCUACGAAUGGCAACAUUUAUGAUUAAUAAAUAUUGACCAUGACUCGAAAUAAUCCCAUUAAAACAACAUGAUUGUAACAGAUAACAAAUUAACUCUCAAAUUCAAGGCCUAUGAAAUUUAGAUUUCAUCUUAUCUCUCAUUUUCACAUGUGUAUUCGUUAAUUGAUAAAUUUAAACAAGAUCUUGUAAUAUCUUUCGAAUAAAUUGGAUGCUUACAAAUGUAUUUCAAAAUUUCAAUGACUUUAUUUUCUAUAAACUAAUUAUAUUUUGAUAAAGACUGCAAUAAGUCGAAAUUUUAAUUAAAAAAGUCCUUAAAUCAAGAGAAUUUACCAAUAAAACCAUAUAAAUAAAUUUAUGUUAUUACAACUCAACAAAACCGUUAGAGUACGACAACUGUUGGUUGAGGGAAAGUCUGCAUACUCAAAUAUUAGUUUAUGGCUAUAAUUUCCACUAUUACAUCAUCUCUGGGAGUCUUUGAAACGUCCUAUGUUGCUACGUCAUCAGAAUUAACGUCCUUUGUUCUUUAUAUUGAUUCUAAUUCAAUUAUUUGAUUUAAAAAUUCUCGUAUUUUAUAGAAUAAUUGGUACCAAGGUGUCUUACUCAUGAAUUUAUAUUUUGAACUUAUUUUUUUGACAAUAAAACGUUGAAAAGGGAUGGAUAUGUAUUAAAUAACAAAUUGUAUAUUAAUAAAAAUUAAUUAAAGGCUAUGUAUGCUGUGGACACUUAUGACGAGGGUUGCUGAUAAUUCAAGUUUUUACCAUAUCACAUAGAAAUUCAAAGCCGCAUAGUCCAAUAAGUGGAAAAACAAUACCACAUCAAUAUCAUUUGUUUCUCAUACUCAAGAUUGACUCUAUGCUUGCAUUUAACGGAAAGAAAAAUUUAUAUGGCUCCAAUCGUUAUCCAUUCUGAAAGGUGAAAUACAAUUUGUGCUGAUAUUGGUAUUAAAAACGGUGGUGAUGGUGAUAUUAGUAACAACCCUUAUAUAAACUAUUUCAAAUUUAUAUGAUUUAAUAAGAAAAAUAAAAUCUACAAAUGUUUGAACUCUGCUAUCUUCAAAUUCUGUUUAACUCCAAAACUGAUCUAUUUAAAAAGUGAUAAUUGUAAAUCUCACUUUGUUUUUUUAAUGCUUUAUUCAAAAAUGUAUUCCAAUACUCUGUGUCAAAAUUUUUUAUCCAAAUAUUUGUAUUUUUCUAAUAAUAACUCAAAAACUUUUCCUAUGAAUUAAAAAAAAGUGAUAGUUUUGACUUAAUUUUUAAGCCGAAAGUUGAGCUUCUACUUAUUUAGUAAAAUUCUUAAAUACGUGGAUGUGCCUCUGUACUUUUUAUCCUUAUUACAUUUUUCACAUUCCACAAAUUCUAAAAAUUCAGUUGUAAGAUUUUUGUAUUUAUGUAGAUAUUUUUAAUGUAUUGAUUUUGUAAUUUUAACAGUGUCUGAUAUAAAUGUAUUUUGUAUUAA